CGUCUUGAUACUUUCGGACCUCUACCAGUCUACCAUAACCUUAUUCAUGUUUGACAUAACUUCAUAUUUCAUAAAAUAAUCAUCCAGCAUCCACUAUGAUAAUAAUUAUGAAAUUUUCAUAAGAUAGAAAGGCAACUCAUCUCUCAUCUUAGUCAUCUUACCAGCUGGCAUACUUUCGUCAUAGUCAUAGUUGUUGAAAGAACUUGAAAAUGUCUGGAGAAACCAAUCAUAUAGACAAAGUACCUAUUGGAACUGUGCAGGAAAAUGAUGAGACUGAUAUUGUGGACCCAUGGACAGUGGUUAGCAAAUCUGAAACCGGUGUAGACUAUGAUAAACUCAUAAAAAAAUUUGGUAGCUCUAAAAUAGAUGAGGAGCUUUUAGAUCGCUUUGAAAAAGUGACUGGCAAGAAAGUGCAUCAUUUGUUGAGGAGAGGAAUAUUUUUCUCACACCGCGACAUGCACACAAUUUUGAAUAACUUUGAAUCUGGAAAACAAUUCUACUUAUACACAGGAAGGGGUCCAUCCUCCACUUCAAUGCAUUUAGGUCAUCUUAUCCCUUUUCAAUUGUGCAAGUGGCUGCAAGAUGUAUUUGAUGUUCCUCUGGUGAUCCAGUUGACUGAUGAUGAAAAAACCCUAUGGAAAGAUAUAUCUCUAGAAGAAGCACAUAAAAUGGCUUAUGAGAAUGCUAAGGAUAUCAUAGCAAUUGGUUUUGAUGUAAAGAAAACUUUUAUAUUUUCAGAUUUUGAUUAUAUUGGACAAUGUCCAGAAUUUUAUCGUAACAUGGUGAGAAUACAAAAGUGUGUCACAUUCAACCAAGUGAAAGGUAUAUUUGGAUUUGAUGACAGUACAGUGAUAGGAAAAAUCGCAUUCCCAGCAGUUCAAGCAACACCAGCGCUAUCCACCUCUUUUCCCGAAAUUUUCAACGGUAGAAAGUUGCAGUGUCUCAUACCGUGUGCGAUAGACCAAGAUCCUUAUUUCCGAAUGACUCGAGAUGUGUGUCCAAGGAUAGGAUUCUCGAAACCUGCGCUGCUUCAUUCCAAAUUCUUUCCAGCUUUACAAGGCGCUCAGACGAAAAUGUCAGCAUCAGAAGCUAAUAGUACAAUAUUUUGCAGCGAUACGCCUAAACAGCUCAAAAAUAAGAUCAACAAACAUGCUUUCUCGGGUGGACAAGCCACUGUGGAAGACCAUAGGAGAAUUGGGGGGAACUGUGAUGUAGAUAUUGCCUUCCAGUACCUGAGAUUCUUUCUCGAGGAUGAUGAGCGACUAGAACAGAUAAGGAAAGAUUAUACAAGUGGUGAAUUACUGACAGGGGAAUUGAAAAAAUUUUUAAUUGAUCUGCUCUCUCCUAUGAUUGCUGAACAUCAAGAAAGACGAUCGAAAAUAACUGAUGAGAUCUUAAAACAGUAUAUAACUCCUAGAAAGUUAGAGUUCAACUUUUAGAACAUUAACUCGAUUGAAUAUAUUGCAAAGUAUUUAUUUUAUUUAUCCUUCAUUACAUCAUCAUAUGUAAGUCCAAAGUAUUUAAAGAUUGCUGAAUGAAUACAAUUAUUUAAUUUUGA